ACAAAGGCAACUCCUGACCAAUGAGGGGCUGGAGCAUGAGGUACAGUGGGCGGCAUUAGGCUCUGGUACAUUGAGAGCUCAGGCCGGCUGGAAAAUCAAGCUGUGCCAAUCUGAGCAAAACCUAGCAAACACCAUGGCUGGGAAGAAGAGCAGUCAUAGCUCCUGUAAGCCUAGGAAACAGUGCCGUUCCCGUUCCAGCAGAGCAGGGCUGCAGUUUUCUGUCAGCCGCGUGGAACGCUCCCUGCGAGAAGGUCGGUAUGCCCGGCGCCUGAGCACAACCACGCCUGUUUUCCUGGCUGGUGUUCUGGAGUACCUGAUGGCCAACAUCCUGGAGCAGGCGGGCAAGGAGGCCGAGAACAGCGGCAUGAUGCGCAUCACCCCGGAACACGUGCAGAGGGCACUGCAAAAGAACGAACAGCUCAGACAAAUCUUGAAGUUGGAAGAUGUCACCCAGUCUCAGGUAAAAGAAGUGCCCCAACGUGAGGAGGAGAAGAAGAAGAAGGGAGGAUUGCUGAGUUUCCGAGCCCUGUGGGACUUUAUCAGAAAACUCAUCCAGCUGCCAAAGUUCCCAUAGAUGAAAGAUCCCAGGCUGCUUCCAUCUGCCCAAGCUAUUAAACUGGAUAAAUCCAUGACAGUGCUUCUGACUCCACUCAGUUUCCGCCACUUUAGGUUGGAGGUGUUUGUGAGACAUCUACCAGAAGCUAUCCCUAGAGAGCUGAAGGGUUGGAAGGGGUGGCCAGUGUGGG